AUGGCAAGUCUCUGUAACCACUACUCGGACAUCAGAAGAGUUCUGCAAAAAAUGUUGGUCAUGUUUUCAAUUUUCACCCUGUGCGCGUCCCUGUUUUACUUAUUGGCAGGCUGCUGCAACUCUUUGCCUUUGGAUAUUGUGGCCAGCAUUGCUGUGACACAGCCUCCCCAGUUACUUUACAAAACGUAUGGGGAAAGCUUUGAAAAUAAUGUAUCAAAUUCCACUAAUGGAAUGGUGGCCCCGGCUUUAGUUAUGACAUCUUUAGAAGGUACAAGUGCUUCUAGACCGGAAAACGACAAUCCUGGCAAGGACUGGACAGCGGUGCGAAGGCUGCCUCAAGCGCUGAUCCUUGGAGUUAAGAAAGGAGGAACCCGGGCACUCCUCGAAUUUUUGCGACUUCAUCCCGACAUUCGAGCCUUGGGAUCCGAACCGCAUUUCUUUGAUAGACAUUACGCAAGAGGGAUGAACUGGUACAGGAGCAUGAUGCCUAAAGCCCUUGAUGGACAGAUUGUAAUGGAGAAGACUCCAAGAUAUUUUGUGACAGCUGAGACGCCUGCACGCAUCCAUUCCAUGUCAAAGGACAUCAAGUUAAUUGUUGUGGUACGGGACCCAAUUACAAGGGCAAUUUCCGACUAUACGCAGAUUAUAUCUAAAACUCACGACAUCCCCAGUUUUGAAAUGCUUACUUUUAAAAACAGGACUACAGGACAAAUUGAUUCCCUUUGGAGUCCAAUCUGGAUUGGACUUUAUGCUCAACACUUAGAGAAAUGGCUCGCCUACUUUCCCCUGUCACAGAUCCACUUUGUUCAUGGGGAAAAGCUGAUAAGUGACCCAGCAGGAGAACUAGGAAAAGUCCAGGAUUUUCUUGGCCUCCAAAGAAUCAUUACUGACAAACACUUUUACUUUAACAAGACAAAAGGGUUUCCUUGCGUGAAGAAACCAGAAGGAAGCAGUAAGCCUCACUGCCUAGGCAAGACAAAGGGCAGGACACACCCAAAAAUCCACACGGAAGUAAUAAAAAAACUGAAGGAUUUCUACCAUCCUCAUAAUCUGAAAUUCUACCAAAUGGCAGGGCAGGACUUUGGUUGGCAGUAA